AUGAAGACUGAAGCUUUGUAUUUCACUACAAUUGGUAAAUGAGUUGAUGGAGGAUGUAAUAGCAGCGUUUUGUCUCCCCGCAUCAUCAUUAUCAGUUUGCCAAAGGGAAACACAAUGAAGGCGCCUGUCUGUUCGCUGCAUGUUAUAGCGCGAUAACGAUACAUGAGAGACCGGGUGUCACGUGGACACCAAUUAAAACCACCGUGACGCUCUGUUCGUUAAAUCUCCGAGGCGUGAUUGAGGAAAAGCGCAGAUCACACGCAGCACUUUGAGUCUUUGAAGGAGUUUUCACCCGAGGCUGGGAGUAGUUUUAUGGUAGAAACCAUGGCGAGCUUUCACAUCCUCCUCAUUGGCUCAGAAGUCAGAGACCCCCGUAAUAAAAAGCCAGAGUGCCCGCGCCCUUCGCAGCCUUUCCCCGCUGGCGCGCGUUUUGGAUCACACUUCAUCCACUAGCGGGAAAUACCUUUUUGCGCACAGAGUGCUUGGAGAGGUGGCGGGAGACGGCGCAGCCGGAGAUCCGCGUUCCGGAGGACCAGAGAUCUACAAUCAACAGAGUUAAGCGUGAGCGUCUGUAGACAUGUGGCUGCUGGAGAAGCUCCGGAGCUCUGUGGAGAACAGUGGAACACAUUCCCGGACCCCCCGGACCAUAGAGGCCAUUCCUGUCUCCGUUUAUGCCAACGUCCUUACUCCACAAAAGAUCCCUGACUUCUUCAUCCCCCCUAAACUCAUUUGCUGCCCACCAGAAGAGUCUCCAACGCCGGAGCCUCAGCACCUAUCCGCCUUACGACCCUCCGUGUCUGACCAGGCCAUCUGCAGCCAGAGCCCCAGAGCCCGAAGCAGCAAGAACCCCUGCAGCCCUGGGCUCUUUUCGCGCCUUGGGGGGGACGCGCGCAAUCUCCAGAAGUCCGCCAACCGUCACAUCAUCCAAGUGGAGAGCGCUGACGAGCCGGUUGCCGGGUCUGCGGACGGGGCCCGGGGCAACACUAACGCCGACCCCCAGUCACAGACUGCAAUGUCUCUGCCUUAUGUCCCCAAGGCUCAGACUUCAUAUGGCUUUUCCACCCUGGUGGAGUCUCCUCAUACCCGCCGCAAGGAGAGCCUGUUCCACAGCGACCCCGGCAGCCCUCUCACCUCCCCAAACUCCCAGAGACGCUCCCAAGGGGGGACCCUUCUGGCCCCGGCUGACCCCAACCCAUACCGCUAUUUCAGUGGCGGAGAGAGCGACACCUGCUCCUCAGCGGAGUCGUCCCCCUUCACCUCGCCGCUGCUGUCCCGCUCUGCCUCCCUCCUGCGCUCCAUUACCCAGGAGACACACGCCAAGAUGUCUCGUGCCAAGCGCUCCCUGGCACGCCACAGUUCCGUCUCCACCGAUGAGUGCAGCUCGGCAGACAACAGCCCCAACAUGCAGCGGCGCCACAUGCGCUGCCCUCGCUCGCCUGCCUUCCGUGGAUGCAAGGGCAGCGGCUCCAGGGGAGCGGCGUCGGACCUCCAGCAGCGUGAGCACACUAUCAACCUCCACAAGGGGGGGACCAUGAGGCUGAGCACCCACUACGACCCAGAGGCAGCUCGGCUGAGGGUGCGCUUGCUCACGGCCGAGGCCCUUUACGACAAGCAGACCGACAUCAAAAGCAUCAACUGCUGCGUGGCGCUCUACCUCAACCCCGGCAAGCAGCAGAAACAGAGGAGCACCAUCAUCAAGAACAGCAGGAAUCCGGUGUUCAACGAAGACUUUUUUUUUGACGCGCUGCCCCAGACGCAGGUGAAGAGCCUGGCCAUGAAGAUAAAGGUGGUGAACAAAGGAACGAGUCUGAGGAGAAACGUGCUUCUAGGGGAAAGGGAGGUGCUGCUCAGUGAGCUGCUGGCGGACCUCUAGGGAGUCCCUGUCAAGACCCUGACAGCUCCACGUCCUGAAGGCCCCUUCUUCUCCACCUAUCACGUCCCACAGAAGAGGUCAGAUAAAUAAUGGGCAAGUCAAAGCACGCCGAUGACAAGGCAGCCGUAGUUUGCACAUCGUGUUAUUAAAAUCAAUGGACGGAAACAAAGCUCUGCGGAAGCCUGUGGAGAAUUUAAAGUUCAACUAUCAAGUUGCGGCCACGAGCCCGUUGACAGCCGAGGUUAAUUGAGUUGAAACCACCAUUAUUUACACGCUUGCGGGUGGUUUUGCAAUGUGAACGGAUGAGUCGUUGUUUGUGUAUUUCUCUUCAAGUAUUGCGUGUUGAGAGAAAAGAUGUUGCCUUCUCUCAUGAGCAUCGUGAUGUGGCUCAAUAUCAUGUAAUGCAAUGAGGAUCACGUUAAAACUGGAGCUGUAGUAUUUGAAAUAAUGCAGUGAUGUUACAUGUUGGUUUUGCUCGCUCAUGUGGAAAAUAAUAAUCCCUCUGUGUACUUGAAAUCAUUUAUAUUCAGAAAUGAUAUUUGAAUUGCCAGUUGAUGUAACGUUAAUAUGACCAUUAUGUGACAGCUUUGAACGUAUGAAUAAAAAUGCUAAACGCUU